AUGGUAUCAUUUCGAUCCUCACUCCAGAAGGUAGACCCUAAGUUUCAUAGCUGCACAGAACUUUCUGCCCUGUUACACUCUGUUGCCUUCUACUUUGAUCACCUGUUCAUCCUCAUAACUGUCCUGUUUGAUUAUUAUCUCGUAGUAGAAAAGAAGGCAAAGUUAAAGCCAAAAAUACAUAAAGAUCUGGAGUGGAUAGAGUUGGAGGUCUGGAUGCAGCAAAGGGGGAAGGGGCUACAUUUUCAGCUGUUUGUCCGUGGGGAUGCCAAGCCUCUUGGUGGCUCAGACGGUAAAGAAUCUAUCUGCCUGCAGUGUGGGAGGCCCAAGUUUGAUCUCUGA